AUGAGCUACCCCGAAAAAUUCCAGGGCUUCUGCACUCAGGGUCCGAAAACAUGGAACAAGUUUAGCAAGGAGACCCUCACACCGAAAUCAUUCGAAGAUCACGACAUUGACGUGCAGAUCGAGUGCUGUGGUGUCUGCGGAUCCGACGUGCACACUAUCACUGGCGGCUGGGGCGAGUACGAGGGUCCCCUGUGUGUCGGCCACGAGGUUGUCGGUAAGGCGAUCGCCGUCGGCAAGAGUGUCAAGGACAUCAAGGUUGGAGACAGGGUUGGCGUGGGAGCCCAGGUGUGGGCGUGCCUGAAGUGCGAGCAGUGCAAGCAUCAGAACGAGAACUACUGCCCUCACCUCGUUGACACUUAUAACGCAAAGUACGAGGAUGGCAGCCAGGCGCAUGGUGGCUUCGCAAGUCACAUCCGCGCUCACGAGUACUUCACCUUCAAGAUCCCCGAGAAGCUCAAGUCCGAGGAUGCGGCCCCGCUCAUGUGCGCCGGCUUGACAACCUACUCCCCGCUUGUCCGGGGCGGUGUGGGGAAAGGCUCCGUAGUCGCGAUUGUCGGCAUCGGCGGCCUCGGUCACCUUGGAGUGCAGUGGGCUAAGGCUCUCGGCGCCGAAGUCUACGCCCUCACGCACUCGCCCGACAAGGCCGAAGACUGCAAGAAGCUGGGUGCCAAGGAGGUCAUCAACACGACAGAAAAGGAUUGGGCGAAGCCCUGGGCAUUCAAGUUCGAUUUCAUGUUGAACUGCUCCGAUAUGACCAACGAAUUUGAUCUGCAAACCUACCUGUCCACGCUAAGCGUCGGUGGUCACUUUCACAUGGUGGGACUUCCGGAUAAGCCGCUUCCCCAGUUCCCUGCGGGCCUGUUCACCAGCAACUCGGCUAAGAUGUCCGGAAGCCACAUUGGAAACCACCAGGAGAUGGAUGCGCUGUUGAAGCUUGCCGCUGAGAAGGGCAUCAAGCCGUGGGUUGAAACUAUUGACAUCUCCGAGGCAGGAUGCAAGGAGGCGGUUGAGAGGGUCAAGGAGAAUCAGGUUCACUACCGAUUCACCUUGGUUGGGCACCAGAAGGCUUUUGGUACCGCUUAA